AUGGCUGACCCCCAGAGUCUGAACAAGGUCUCGGCGGAAAGCUCCUGGCACACUGUCGCUGGUCGACAAGCUCGCAUGGAGCGUUUCCACCAGACGCGCUCAAGGCAUAAACAUCACGAUGCUACAAGAUAUGUGGAUGCCGAGCCUACGUCGUCAGCUUCUGGCUCGGUUGCUGGCUGCGCUAGCAAUGGGCAUAGUCCGCCCAGUCAGCAGCAGGGGCUGCGUGCGCAAGAUUUAGCCUCGUCUUUGACUGAGCUCGCUAACUUUGUAGCACAAUCACAGCGAGAGAAUCUGCCAGCUGGUGUACCUGUUCCCGCAGAGGCAUCAGCUUUGCAGAGUCUCUUGGAACAAGUAGCUCAACAAAACCUACUCAGAGCUGGGCUGGCGAGCGUCCCAGAACAGAAGCGGCAACAUCCCGUUGUAGAACAGGCUGCGGCUUGGCCAUGCCCUGCAGGACCGCUAAAUGGCCAGAGGCAUGUGCCUCCUGAGGUUUCUGGACCCCAAGUAGGAAAGGGCCUCCAAGCGGAGGUUCCUCCUAGUAUCCAGUUGGCGAAGCUUGCCGAGAUCUUUCGUUUGCUAGGGCAACAUGAUCAGGUACGCGCGAUGAUGCCAGAACAGAAUAUGUCUUCUGAGCAGCAGACCCUUCUCUCGCAUUUUGCGUGCGAGCAGGUUGACAAAUGGCUGCAGGAGCAGCGGACGCAACUGCAACAGUUGCGACAAAUGCAGCAGCUCCAACAAAUGCAGCGUCAGAUGCAAGAGCUCCAGCCAAAGCUGCAGCAAAUGCAAGAGAUGGUCAAUCGCUUCAUGAACGCUGCGUAUGUUGCCCAGCAGGUGCCACCAUUGCAAUCGCACCAGCUCACAGCCAUGCCUGCUUAUGUUCAUCCUCCAGCACCUGGUUUGGACUUGCCACCUGGUAUGUCCGACCCCGGAUGUCCUGCUCCUUUGGAGUCUUUAGCUUCCUAUAGUCAGAUGGGCAUGCCAACAGGUUGCCCGGCUGGAAACAUUGCAGGCCACGAAAAGAUUUCGAGCGGCAAUAUGGACAUGAAGCACUCAGCCCGUGCUCAAACCCGUGCUAAUCAUGUCCACACGCAGAAGAAGAAAGGCUGGCUCAACUCUGAGACUGAGGAAGCAGCCCAGUCUUCUUCUCCACCAUCGAGUUCUACAGAGAAAACAAGCCUUCAUGCGGAUAAAAAGAGUACGUUGGGAAUGCACCUGACGCAGCUUCAGACGGAAGAUCCCAAGUGCGUUUUCAUUGCGCGUCGUAUCAACGGCAUGGGGUUCGAGUCGAAGGAUGUGCUGAGUGCUCACUACGAGCAAUACGGCAGAGUAUUGAAAGUGCUAGUUGCACACUCCAAGGUGAAGCCAUUCCGCAGACAGGGUGCACAGUCUCGAAUUCGACCCGGCAGCCUCGGGUUCAUUGUUAUGGACUCUCCACAAAGCGUGGAGAACAUCCUGGCUGUUGGAGCAAAUCAGUUUGUUCGGGGGUACAACAUUAGUGUAGAGCGCUUCGAAAAGAUAGCGAAGCCUCAGGAUGCUGGUCAGUCUACGGCCGGCGAUUCCACCACUACCCAUGGUGGUUCCACAACAACAGGUUCUGGAUCUGGGUCUGGAGGUGACUCCAAUGGCUCAGACAAGAGCUCUGCUGCUGGUGCCAAUGGUCUUGGUGAGAGUGGCUCUGGGGGUUCGGAAGAAGGCUCUGACAAAGGCAAUGGCUUCUCAGCUGAUGGCUCUCAGCAGAAGGCUGAGGCAUUCCAUGCUGUGACGUUCCCUAGCCAAUCGGUGCCCAGUGCCCCAGCCAAGAUAUGCCAUACUUUUCCCCAUCCCGAUCAAGAAGCAGAGAGGGGAGCAGAGCGAGAAGAGGGAGGAGCGCUGAGAGGAGCUCUGAGAGAAGAGACUUCCGAGAUCGCAGAGAUCGGAGAGAAGAAGAGAGAAGUGUUGAAUUUGGAGAUCGGAGAGAUCGUAGAAAUGGCUCACGAUACUCACGUAGCCCAAGGGAGAAAGGCCGAGGGAGGAGAGACUCUCGACGAAGAGAAAGGAGGGACUCUCGCUCUCCUCGAAGGCGAGAGGCGCCACGAGACACUCUCGCUGCAUCUCAUGGAUCUCAGCGAAGAGAGGAUCCUGAGUCAAAAGUGGCCUGAAUGGAUGCAGUGCGAUGUGAAUGCCUGCAAGGUUCUGGAGGAAGUGAGCACGCAGAUUUCGUCCAAUUGUCGGACCUUGGGUGCCAACCUGGAGGGAGUUUGUCGCCACGCUUUGCAACGGCUGCCAGCUGAGGAAAGCUCUGCAGUGUGCGCUAGCGCUUGCACCGAGUUUAUCUCAACCUUUUCCAACUUUAGCGUUGCUUUGUUGGCUGUUGCGGGGGAUCUUGAGACCAUUGUGUCCCAGCCUUUGCAGAAGGCAAUAGCCACUUUGGUCGAGGAGACUACAGGACGAGCAAAGCACCUGCACCAGGUGAAGAAGAGAUUUGCUGAGUUGCAGGACAAAUACGCCAAGACUCAGCAAAAGACGAUAGAAGCAAAAUCAAAGCUUGCCAGUGGAGGUGACAGGCGUUGGACAUGGCGCAAAAUGGACAAGACAGCUGUUGACCAGCAUGCCGCGGUUUGUGAUCUUGCUCGAUGUGAAGAGGAACUGUUGGAGAGCGAAGCCUGCCUACGCAAACUGGAGGAUGAAAGCAGGGAGCGAUUGGCACAGCUGGACAUGGACAAAAAGGCUAUGUUGCAGCGAGUUCUCCAGCAGGGAAGAUGUUCCCUUCGCCGGCUGUUAAGCGUUGCGGAUGAGGUUCCUGCCCUAGAAGAUUUUCAGGGAGUAAUGCCGGGUGCUGACUACUCUGCUUGCUUGAAGGAGGUAGAGCCAGAAAGGGCCGCAGGCCAACCCCAUUCAGACGAGAUUCCUGUGGAGAUUCAACAGGAGGCGCUUCCUGACAGGCUUUCUCAGUAUCUACCAGGACCAGAUCUAGAUGAAGAGAGUGACAGGGAUGUCGAGGUCAGUGCUGCUGCUUUGGCAACGGGUUGGUCGCCAGAUUCGACUUCUUCCAGGAGCAGAUUGGGCAGGCAAGGAUCACUUGUCUUUGAAAGCGACUCACAACUCUUGAUCAAAGCCUCUCGAGGACCCUGCGAGCGCUUGCUGGAGGUGCAAAAGAAACCAAGUGGUGACAAGACAGGUGCUUGCGUGGAGGCAUUGGAACGUCAAAGACCACCUGACGCACUCUCUGAAUCUAGCGAGGAUGGAGCUGGCAGACCUGCUGAAGAGGUGCCCGACUGCUGUGAGAUCGAGCUUCAGCUCUCACCUUUGGUUUCGGAGCAGCCGCAUCAAAUUUUUGAGCGGUAUGUGAAGCGCCUUCCAGAUCAUGUGGCGGCUGCAGUGGAGACCAAUUGGGACAAGUUGCAAAGCUGUGCAGCGGAGCAUCCCUUGGGCAGUUUGGUUGGAAAGCUGGAGCUGUUUUGGAUCCACAAGCCAGGAGAAACACCUUCUGCAGAUUCAGCAGUUGGGCUGGUGUGCUUUCAAUUUGUCCAAGGAUAUGCAUCACACUACGCGCGAAUACUGCACCUUUCAGUGGCGUCACCAGAGGCCCUGCGGUCAGCAGUAUUGAACUCAAAGCGCUUGAUAUUUGGAACUUUGCCCGUACAAAGUGUGCGGGUCACGGUGCUUGCCGCAGAAGAUGGUGAGCGGAGAAUUUGUGUUGACCCACAGGUGGAGCAGGCUUUUCAUCAGUGUGGUUUUCGCUGGUUUCAACUCACUCAAAAGCUGCGGCGACAAAAAUCAGCCUUUCUCCGACACCGAAAGAAGUGCAGAGCGGUGCGCUUUUUGGUACUCCAUUCGCCCAGAAGCGAUCUUGACCCUCCACCUCCUCGGGACAAUAUUGGUAUGAAGUCUCCUUUGCUCCUACAAAGCCUUGAUCCAAGUUGUGUUUUUUCUUGUAGAGUCUUGGGACAGGAAUCACAUAUGUUUUGACUUAUUUGUUGAAUAGUGGUAUUUGUCAGUUCGGAUCAAAAGGGCUUUGGAGUGCAUCCUACCAAACCGAUCGGCAAAGUCUUUUCUCUCGCGACUCAACUCCGUAUGCGAGAUCAACCUGACGCAUUGCGAGAUCACUCAGCAUCACCGGUGGAGGCCCCAGCAACGGAGCAAACAGAACAAUUGCAGCGUUGGCGCCGUAGGCUGUUGCAACGGAGUCGAAGAGUGUUAAAGACGCCCUGAGGAGCGAGAGCUUUAUUUACUGUAUAUAUUUUUUACAUUUUUUUUUGGGGGGUAGGCCGUAGAGGGAGGUAGUAGCUAGAGGUAGCUAGUAGAAGCUAGGUAGCUAGUAGCUGCUACUUAAGUAGCUAUACUACCUAGGACGCAGGAUAGCGCUUGCACGAAUCAUUUGGUUCCUACAGUAGAUUUUUAGGGAAACUUAGUAGCCAAGCAAAGGAGCGAACGCCCAGACCGAGGAAGUGGAGACAGCACCUGAGGAAGAGCUUACUUUCAGCGCCUGGUGAUGCUAAUCGGCAACUGAUGUUGACGGUUCAAAGAUGUUAAAAGGUCUUCC